AUGUGGACUAACAAGGACAUUCUGAUUUUGAGUUUAGCUAAUAAUUUUCUGAAUGGGUCGCUGGCUCCAGAAAUUGGAAACAUGAAGAACAUGCUAGAGUUAUAUCUAUCAGGAAAUCAAUUCUCGGGUAAUAUUCCUCGCACUAUAGGACAACUUCAAAGUUUGGAAAAUCUAACAUUAUCAAACAAUCAAUUGCAUGGUCCUAUACCUGAUUCGUUUGGUAAUCUGAUUUCAUUGAAAAUGUUGGAUUUAUCCAAGAAUAAACUCGAUGGUGUAAUCCCCAAGUCAAUGGAGAAACUUGAAGACCUUGAGUAUUUCAAUGUUUCGUUCAAUGAACUGACCGGUGAAAUUCCAAAUGGAGGGCAUUUUAAGAACUUUAGCUCUGAUUUUUUCAUUGGCAAUGGAGAAUUGUGUGGAGCAUCUCAAUUUAAGGAAACUUUUGGCUAUCAUUCUGAAGAUUUUUAA